AUGUCGUUGGCCAGGUUUGACUUGUCAGACCAUGGGGCCUGGUACCUGGGGCCUGUGUCCUGCCAGAAGGCCCAGAGCCAGCUGCAGGGCCAGCGCCAUGGAGUCUUCCUUGUCCAUGACUCGUCCACCUGCCCCAGCAACUAUGUGCUGCCUAUGUCUGAGAACUUGCAGAUCUCCCACUACAUCAUCAACUUGCUGCCCAACCGCUACUUCAGGAUCAGUGACCAGGAGAUCGACCAUCUGUCCACCCUGCUUGAGUUCUACAAGAUCCACUACCUGGACACCACCAUGCUGAUCAAGCAGGCGCCCAGAAAAGAAUGGGAUCUGACAACUAACAGCACAGACAAGGCCAAAGUGGAAAUCCUUUGUGAUAUCCUCUAUUGCUUGGGCCCAUUCUCCCAGGCGGCAGGACCGGGGCUAGGAGCCCUCAUUUAUUCUGAGAUAUUCACUUUAAAAAAUCAUAGCAGCCUUGGCUUCUCUCCUGAAUACCCCCACCUUUAA